UAUCCAGUUCUUACUGGCUUGGAUACGACCCGACAAUGAAAAAGUUUCCCCCUCUCUCUCCCCCUGUCUUCUUCUUCUCGCAUUGAUCUUUUCCUCUCAGAACCCCAAAAGAGACUCCACCUUUGUUUGUUGAAAAACAGAAGCUGCUCCUUUCUUUUAACGCGCUAAUCGCUGACAAGAGUUCCACUGAAGGAGGAAAGUGGAAGCAGUAUUUGUACUAUUACCCACUAGCUCCCUGUCCACCUCCUCUCUCGUAGAAAAUCCCAACCCCUUUCUGCUAGACUCUGCCCACAAGGUAUGGCGUGGCCGACGCGAAACCAGCUGCAUCGCAAUGCGGCGUCGUUUUGUAGAUACUCUCUCCUCGUCUUUGCCUUGUGCUUCGCCUUCUCCGCGCCUCUCUGCAGAGCCACGCCUCAGCACAAGAAUGCUUAUGCCACCAUGAUGUACAUGGGCACCGCCAGAGACUACGAGUUCUACGUCGCCAUACGCGUCCUCUUCAAAUCCCUCGCCGCCCUCAACGCCCAAGCCGAUCUCGUCGUCAUUGCCUCCGUCGACGUCCCUCUCCGAUGGGUCCGAGCUCUGGAACAAGAAGAUGGAGCGAGAGUGGUGAGAGUGGAAAACAUGGACAAUCCCUACAAGCACCAAGAAAAUUUCGACAAGAGAUUCAAGUUGACGUUAAAUAAACUGUACGCGUGGAGCCUGGUUGAUUACGACAGGGUGGUCAUGUUGGAUGCUGACAACCUCUUCCUUCAUAACACCGAUGAGUUGUUUCAAUGUGGACAAUUCUGCGCUGUCUUUAUCAACCCCUGCAUCUUCCACACCGGCCUCUUUGUCUUGCAGCCAUCAAUGGCGGUGUUUAAGGAUAUGGUUCAUGAAUUAGAGAUUGGAAGAGAAAAUCCGGAUGGUGCAGACCAGGGUUUUAUAUCUAGUUACUUCCCGGAAUUGCUCGACCGGCCACUGUUUCAUCCGCCGUCGAAUGGCACCAAGCUUGAGGGAACUUACAGGCUUCCUUUAGGAUAUCAGAUGGAUGCUUCGUACUACUAUCUUAAGCUGCGAUGGAGCAUACCGUGUGGACCAAAUAGCGUGAUCACAUUCCCAGGGGCUCCCUGGUUAAAGCCAUGGUACUGGUGGUCGUGGCCUGUUCUGCCACUAGGCCUCCAGUGGCAUGAACAACGUCGUCGAACUUUAGGGUAUAGUGCAGAGAUGGCAGUGGUGCUGAUCCAAUGUGCGAUAUACAUUGGAAUAAUAGCAAUGACUCGUCUAGCGAGGCCGAGUCUGUCAAAGCUGUGCUAUAGGCGUUCGGACAAGAGCAUUAACUUAGUGCAAAACAGCCUCAAAUUGGUAGCAUUUUGGUGCAUACUUGCUGCCUACGUAACUCCAUUCUUCACCAUUCCUCACACGGUUCACCCUCUUCUGGGGUGGUCCCUGUAUUUGCUGGGUUCUUUCGCCCUGUGUUCGAUCGCCAUGAACGCGUUGCUGCUUCCAAUUUUACCAGUUUUGGUCCCAUGGUUUGGUAUUGUUGGGGCGCUCUUGGUUAUGGCGUUUCCCUGGUAUCCAGAUGGGGUUGUCAGAGCCUUGACCGUCUUCGUUUAUGCCUUCUGUUGUGCUCCAUUUCUGAGUGUAGCUGUGUCCAAGAUAAUGGCGGCUCUUCAGUUAACUCUUGAAAGGGAGGCUUUCUUGCCCAGAUUGGGGGAAUCUUCGCCUCCUUCUGCGUUCAACAAGCUUUACUGAAUUGAGCCGUACCCAUUUGAGCAUAAUAGAGUUACUGCCACAGACGAUGAUUUUUUCCGCUGAGAUCAGAGUGACUUGGCAUGGGAUCUUCACCGUGGGGACUUAGGGGCGUGGCAUCAUUAGCAUUCUUUUGGAUUAAGGAUUAAGCAUCUGUAGCCGACCAGCCUUGCUCUUACAGAUUUCUGUUUACCACUUUGAUUGGCUCCACUCUUGCGUAGUUGUAAAAUUAAAUUAUUGAGCAGUUUUGGGAAGGGCAGGGAUUUGAGCGUCAUUACUCAUGAGUCCUUGUAUAAACACUGUAUUGGUAUUUAUAUUAUAGUAUAUAUAUAAAUAUAUAUUCUUCCAAUCA